CUAAGCAGAAGAAAAUUUUGAAAAAAAUUGUGUUUUCGCACUUGAUGUUGAAGAACAUUAUCACCAAAUUUGAUCAAUUUCUAAUUAUUUAGACUUUUGUACCAAACAUCCUUAAUCGCACAAUCAUUAUACCCACCGUGAAAAAUAUUUGCAAAAGAAUCUCUGCUCUCAAACAUUCUUUUUGUUUAUAAAAAUAUAUAAAUUACAGAUGUCAGGCAGGAAAAAUAGCUUUCUACUGAACUACAAAUUGUACAAUUUUAAUAAUCAUUAUGCAUUAUAUCGAUAAGAAACUCUUUUGAAACAAACAGAAUCAUUCAAGUAAAUAUUUAGAAAUAUCUCGAAAAAAAUCCCAAUUAUUUUGAAUUCAAUUGAGAUAAGCUGACCAUGAAUCGGACCAAAGUGAACAUUAUCUCUAAGCAGAUGUUUGUUUAUUUAAGAUAAAGCACAUAAAUGAAAACUGAAAUUCUAAGCCAACUUUUUUCCUACCGACUAUUGUUUUUUCAAGGAUCUGACGUGGAUGGGUAAGCGACAUGCAAUUGUUUAGUUGCUGCUGUAGUUGUCAUUAGUUGACGCAAAAGAACUUCUGAAAUUUCUCAUUACACAAAACAUUGUCCAGGCAUUGCAGAAACCGUUCAUGGGCAGGGAACCUGAAAGCCACGGUAGUGCGAUCACGAGUUCCUACGUAUCUGAGCUAUCUUUCUUUACAGUUAUUCAAAAACUGGAUUACUUGUCUGUGAUAUUUGAAUGUGAUGUAUCUGUAAGGAAACAUGAAUUAAUAGGGAUUCUAGUUGAAAAGAGGGGUGUGAGAGAUUUUUCAUGAAGCUUUGAUUGGAAUCUUGGAGGGACAAUUUGGACACAUAAGAGAAAGAGAGAGAAGUUUUGGUACCAGCUCCGUCCGUCACUGGUUCAUUGGGACGAAGUUGGAAGUGAGGGUUGCACGAAUUUCCCAAGAGAGGCGGAUCAAUCGGAACGAACGUCUUUUGUGCUAUGGUAUGGUUCUCACGAGGAGCGUGCGAGGAGCCAAGUCGGCGCAGUGGCAUACGUAAUAACGGGGUCAAAGCGCGUUGAUAGGUCCUCCGAUGAGCGAGGGCUUCUCAUUGGUAGAUUCUCCUGGCGAACGUAACGCUCUCUCACGGCAAACGAAAUUUGGAUUUUCGCGCUAUCCUCGUCCAAUGGUGUAUGUCGCGAGGGAAAAAAAGAGAAAGAGGAAGAAGGUCUUCAAAAAUGUUUGGAAUCAUUCUUCGUGGGAUGAGGAUUAAAUAAAAACGGAGAGUAGGAACUUUUGUCUGUCGAAGGAAUACUUAGCGAGAGUGGGGGGAAAAGAGGGGGGGGGGGGGGAAUGAAGUUCAAACCGCUCGUUCGUAGAUACGAGGACGAGGUUUGAAAGCGAAGCAUGCGCUUCAUUUUAGUGUGUAUUGUGUAUUUCUCGCAGGGCAAACGCUCUCGAGAAAGAUGUCGAAAAAAACUUGGGUUAUACAGCGCGAAGUAAGCAUCACCUGCGAUCACGACAAGAUGAUGCGUCGGUUCGGACCGCGCAACUGCGACCUUCAACGUCCUUGGCGGUGUGGGGAUCGGACGACGCGUAAUGUUUCGUUGCCGGCAGUCAUUUUUACACGCGAGACGCCUCCACACGAGGGUCGAAGCUCUCGUUGAUCGGGGCUCGGGCGCUUCGUCUUCGACCCGCACGUUCCUCGGGAGCUCCUUACCGAGCCCGCGAAUUCUUAAAUCGUGUGCACAUUUACUAUCUUCUGAACCCCUCGACAGUCGAAAGUUCAAAAUCGCGUAAAAAAUUGAAUUUUCCCGAGGGCGCGCUGGUGUUUGAAUUUCCGUCAAAUUUUUCGUUCCCUCAACGAGACUCGAUUGAUUGAGAAUAUUCGCGAGUGCGGCACUAUAUCGAAUAUGCACGAAAACAAAUCUGAGAGAUAUUGCAGAGUAGGAGAGACAGAAAGAGCGAGCGAGAGAAAAAGAUCAGCUCACUGUGAACGAAGCGAAGCGUAUCCUAUAUAGAGUACGCGUAAAGAAGAGUUUGGGUGCAGUGUGUCGCGUGAACUGCGCGAGUGACGAUUUGACGGGGCAGUGAAUUAGUUGACUUGCUUAUCUAUUCGUUUAUUCGUACUAUUCUUGUUUUUUUUUAACUUCCUACUGGAUUAUCGUCGACUUCUCCUGUAUUCGUCCUUCGUGCGCCUCUGAGGCACGAGACAAUCUCAACAAGGGAAUUUAAUUGGUGGAUUUCCGAAAUAAAUACCGAAGGGUCGAAGACGAGGGAAAACGUGGCAGAGAAAGCAGCCGUUCUGGGACGAACGUAACGACGUCGGGGCCCGAGGGGUCUUCGGAGGGAGAAAAUUCGUCGGCAAUGGGCAGCGCCGAUUCGGGAGGAAAAACACACAGCGGAGGUGGAUCCUGCGGUUUCGUUAGUUCGUUGUUCCCGAACAGUUGUCGAGGUCGGGCGGAGUCAUUCGCGCGACGUUUGCACCGGCGUUUAACCUCGCUCGGUGGUGAGGUCGUCAAUACGUCGGAGGACGAGGAUGACGAUUCGAUGAGCUUCGGUGGAAGGGGCUCGUCGAACGAAGUCAACGAGACUUCGUGGCUGCACGCCCCGACGAGCCAGAAAACAAUAACGACGACGAGCACCGGCAACUCGGCGGGGGCCGGAGCGUCGUCGGGUCCUCUUCAGAUGGAAGAUCGCGUGCUCGAUUCCCAGCCGCGUCACAGUCCCGAGUCCGAGGUUUUUUACGACUUCGACGUUGAGACUCAGGAAAAUGAGAAGGAGAAGAGCGAGAGCGACGGAAACGAGGACUACGCGACAACCUCCCCGGCGGAAAUAGCGAGCGAAGCGGACCUCGCGAACAUCUUUGUGAAUCGGAAGAUCGGGCGAUUCGAUCACGCCUGCAACGCGACGCAGCCGGAUUAUCUCCAGGAUUCGGAAUCCGGGUGCGUGUAUGCCUCGCCGUUGUCCGGUACGUCCCCGGAGACCGACAAUUCCGAGAUUUUCUUCGACCCCGAAUCCUCCGAGACGGAGAGAACUUGCGAAAACCAGGAUACCGGGACUGUGGAAAACUCACGGUCCAGUGGAAGCGGAUCGGUCGCUUCGGACGUCGUCUCUAACGAGGGAUCGACCACCUGCAAAAUCCGUAAACACCCGCUGCGACGGAGGCUUAAUCGUAACGUUAGAAACGACCCGGAGCACGAAGAGGACGACGACACGUCGGAGUCCAGCUCCUCCUCGGCCAAUCCCGAGCUCGACGAGACAAAGAUGAGAGUACCGGAAACCCGGUGCACACCGAGCCCCGAGGAGUCGCUCAACGGCAACAAAAGCUCCCUGGAGACGACGACCUCGCCCAGCCACGAAUCCCUCUGGAGUACCUUCGACGAGAGCACUCUCUCCCUGCAAGAUGAGCCCGGCGCCUCUCCGACGACGCCGGUUCCCCCGUGCCUCCAAAAGGCCCUAGCAAAGUCGCACUCGGACUCGGAAAUCACCGGGUCGACGUUGAACAACGUCGACGAGGUCGAUCACCUCGGCCCGGCUGUUCCGUCGUCGAACGGCGAUCAUUCGGAUUCGCACUGUCUCGAAAACAACAUUUCGCCGUACUGCAGCAGCAUCGACGUACCCGGUGCUCUCGUGCUCGAAUGUUCGACCGGCCGGAGGAUCGCAGCCUCCGAAAAGAGCCUCAAGAAUCAGGUUAAUCUUCGAAUAGAAGAUACGAACGGUGACCCCGAGACCGGGGACAUGACGCGACUUCUCGAGAGACUGGCGACCAGCCCGCACGUCCAUCACAAUCAAACGACGAUUGAUUCGAGAAAAUUUUACGCCGACGAGGAGAAGCUAACGGCAAACGGCAAAGCAGAAGACGAAACUUGUGGGAAAAACGGGACGGAGGAUGGCCAAGGCGGCGGCGGCGGCGGCGGCGGGGACGAGGAGGAGGAAGAACAGCAAAACGGAGCGGAAGGAGAAGAGGAAGAAGAGGAGGACGACAGACCGCAGCGAUUGCGACGAUGCUCGUCCCUGAAGACUGGAAAAACUCCUCCGGGAACACCCGGAAGAAAGAAAAUCGUCCGCUUCGCCGAUGUGCUGGGUCUCGAUCUCGCAGACGUUCGUACCUUCCUCGACGAGAUCCCGAAGAUCCCGAAUUCCGCGUACUCCGAUUUGAUCUACGACGAAACCUUCCACAAGGACAGCAGCCCCGUUAACUUUUGGGGCACCGGACCAGCGACUUUCACGACACCCUUGUUCGCCGCAACGAUGCCCCGGAGUCUUCCGAACGGUAUCAAACUCGACAGAAUAUUGGUACCAUUGUUUCAGCAACCGGGUGGCUCGUUAUCCUUCCUCGAUCAAGUACGAGAACGAUUAGUCUGCUUGGAAAACGUCGUCGUCGAGGACCCGAUAAACUUGGCCAUCCACGGUACCGUCAGAGUUCGCAAUCUUGAUUUUCACAAAUCCGUACACGUGCGUUACACUCUCGACAGUUGGCGAAGCUUCAGCGACCUGCAAGCCAUCUACGUUCCCAAUUCUUGCGACGGCUUCAGCGACAAAUUCAAUUUUCAUCUUUACUGUCACACACUAAAAAUCGGCCAAAGACUCGAACUAGCGGUACGCUUUCAGUGCAAAGGUUCACAGUACUGGGACAAUAACAGCGGUGUCAAUUAUUGCUUUCAGUGUUUACCCGCUACCUCGAACAAUACCGGUUACAUACCGAUAACGACAGCGACCAAUCCAACGGCCCCAACCUCGCAAUCCAUGCCCCACUGCAACCCCCACGAUUGGUCUCCAACUUUUUACUGAAUCAUUGAAAGAACGUAGGACAAUGGCGAAUUAAUCCGAAGUCUUCUCAUUCAUUCGAAUACUAUUGUCACAGUGACGUGCGAAGGAAACACGAGAGCAACUCUUUGAGCAACGAAUAUUCCUUCGACCUCGUUGGACCGUUUGUCCAACAUUUUACAUGUAUAGUAUAGAAUUAUUUUUUAAAAUUUUAAGAUUUUACCGUCUGCGUUAAAACAACGAACGAAAUACGAGCAAUUAUUGCGAUGAUAAUGGAAUUUUUAUCCACCACGAUGAUGGAGAAAAAUCGAUGCAAAGUACGGAGGAUGCUUACGACGAUGGUUGUGGUGGAAGUUGAAAAUGACGAUUGAGAUGUCGAUUAUGAUGACGAGGAAAAAUGAUGAUGACGACGAAAUUGAACAAAGUUGUGGUUACGUUCAACUCCUACGACGAAACGUUGACCGAUCUGAGCUGUGACGUAAAUUUAAAAAAUUUUAUUUUAUUUAUCGGUCAUUAUGAGAGACAUGACCAUGAUUCGUCGUAUAUCACGUUGAAAACAGCUCGGAUCGACAAAGUUUAGUUUUUUAUAGAUUAUAUAUGAAUAUUGUAUUUGAUUAUAUAUGUAUAUUGUCGAUUUAUCAGAUUCAGAACGAAUAGAAUACAAUGAAGCGGAGCGUGGUGGAUGAUGAGACGAAAAGUCAUGAAGCGUUACGAAGAAAAUACUACGAAUGGAACGAAUAGUUUGGGUCUGAAUAAGUGACCGAGGGGAGAAUCAGUUUAGCAACGUUUAUCGAGCUCGUGAGCACGAUUUGCCAUAAAUACCUCCGACUGUCUGUAGCUGCGUGGGGCUAAAUUGCUUGGUAAAUUUGAAGGGUUGUUCCAGGCUUGUAAUAUUUUGUGAUAAUUCAAAACAUUGAGCUGGACGAAGGGAUUAACGAUUUAUCUUGAGCCUUGCAUUGUUGUGGUCAAUUUAUUUGGUCGCGAUGCCAAAAAAUGCAACUUUUUGUCGACGUCGAUGGUACGACAGUUCGUGCCAUAUACGACAAAACUACAUUAACAUUUUCCCAAUGAUUAAUAAACGAAAAGGAAACUCGUUCAAAGUCUGAAAAAGUGGUAAUUCAUUGAACAUUGAUUCAAGCACGUCUCUGUCGCACAGAACUGAUAAUUGUUGUUAGUUUUUACACUUCUAUGAGAGAAGACUCGACAGAAAAACGAAGCGAGUGUUGCGAGCUCCGUUCACCGAUGCAAUACUCUUUACACAUGUUAUUUUUUGUUUUUUUUUUUUCUUCCUGUCGUAGUCGGUUGAUUGAAUGCGACUACGUAAGCCCCAAGCGUUAAGGGUAAAUCAAUGAAUUGUACGUCAAAUGAAUGGGUUACGAUUGUUAUUAUUUCUUCUGUUGUCAUUUAUACACAUAACUCGUAAUUAAGACUCGUUGGACUCGUUGUUAGAUCUCGUAAAUAACACGUUUUGUAGCCUCGUUCGAUGAAACUGUGUUUUUUUUUCUCUUUCAUUUUAUGUCCUCUUUCGACAACAACAAUUUAUUUAAAAGCUCGUUAUAACGUCAGUAGCUUUCGAAUCUUCAAAUAAAUAAUACGAUCGAACAAUGAAA